UGAAGAUGGGAAGUGUCAGAGAGAGAGGUCGACGGGGAGGUGAGGCCCCCGUGGUACAGUUCCUGGUGGUGGUGAUGUUGGUAGUGCUGGCAGGAGGUCCCACAGGUCCUCUCCUCCUGCUGGGGGUGGUGAGCGCUGGGGCCUCCGCUUGUGACAUCUCCGAGUAUUCUUGUGAGGACGGUGGAGGAUGUGUCUCACUCAGCCAUUUCUGUGAUGGUGUGGCUCACUGUACAGACUAUUCUGAUGAACCUCCAGGCUGUUCAGUGUGUAAUCGGACCUUCUACGGUUACGUGGACCACACAUACCAACUAGAAGUACCGGCUCCUCCAGCAUCCCGCGCAGGACCACCACCAGCUGCUUCCAACCCGCUGAUCCUUCUGGGGAGCACCUCACUUUCUGAUGGGUUCAAAUGCAUCCUCACCUUCACCGCCAUCGGCAGAACUCACGGGGACAUCAUCCAAGUCACCUUCUCUGAGUUCCACGUCGGGCAUUUCAACGACGAGGUUACUGAAGAAGGUCGUGUGGUUGGGUGUACAGGAGAUCACGUCAGCAUUGAGGAGCCCAAGUUGCCGGUGCGGGGAGGGAAGUGGUGUGGGGAGGGUAGCGGCCUUAAUGUGUACUACAGCGAUUCGGACACAGUGAGCGUUACCCUCCACGCCGCCUCCACCACACAGGGGGAGUACUUCGACAACCCCCUUAAGUUCAAGAUUAAGUACAAGUUUUUGCGCCGUGAGCGGGCCAUAGUGAGGUACGGCCGCGGGGGCAGCCUCGCGAAGUACCGUGGGGAACCGGUAGGUAACAGCGCGUGUAGCCGAGUCUUCCAGGGGUGCCGGGCCCGGCGGUGUCGCCUCCAGUCGCCCAACUUCCCCGGGCUGUAUCCCCGUAACGUGACCUGCUACUACCUGGUCAAGGCCCUUCCUGCGCCAUCCCCUGACCUACUGCCUGUGGUGACUCUCAGACAGGAAAAUGACCGCCUGGUUCAGGUGGGUCGUCAGAAACCCGGGAGCCAAGUGUCCCCAGAGUCACACCUGUGGCAGGAUGAUGAGUGCCAAUCCCCUGAGGACUACCUGCUGGUGUACGACGGCGGGUCCAUGAAGGCGCCGCUUCUGGCCAAGAUGUGUGGGACAGCCACCAUCCCCAAUAUUACCUCGAGCGGGCCAGAGAUGUUGGUAGUGUUCCAGACUGCCAUCUCCGGCAAGAUGAAGCAUUUCUCCAACUUAGUGACUGGCUUUGAACUGGAGGCUCAUGUGUUGUUCAUGAAACAGAACCCAAGCCGUGUAAACAGUGCGCCGUGUGCUCAGAUCAUCAAGAGCUUCGACGGUAGUGCCGGUGUUGUGUCCAGCCCAAUAUACGCUCUUCCGGCUAAUGCCUCCUGCUCCUACGAGUUUCAGGGGCGGAGGAACGAGGUCGUUUGGAUAUAUUUUACAAAAUAUCACAGGGCACGGCAGAAAGAGGUUAUGAUGAACUACAUACCGUGUCGCAAUCGCCUUGCUAUCUAUGACGGAACUACGUUAUCCGAUAACAAGUCAGAAAUCUCGACUUUAAUGGGAGAAUACUGUGAUGAUCUGCUGCCGCCGAUAUGCGUGAGGUCACGCCAGAAGGGGACAGUGAGCCACCCGUGCACGCUGAAGGAGAGCUUCCUGUCCACGGGAACUUCUCUCUUUAUCACACAGGAGUUCACGGAGGGUACCAGCCUUUUCCCACACAACUACGUCAUUCAGUAUGAGUUUGUGAGUUUGUAUCAGCCUGGGAAGGAGUCUGGUAGUGACUGUGACCGCGUGUUUACCAGUGCUCAGGACAACAAAGGACAUUUUAGCUCUCCUAAAAACGUGUUUCUAUAUGGUCGUGGAGGCAAAUCUUCCCUCUCUUGUAAAUACACCUUCCAGACUUUGCCGGGUGAGGCGAUAAAACUGAAAAUCACAAGCGUGGGAUUUCGUGGCAACAUGUGCAAGACGGUCCACAACUUCCAAUCGAAUCUUUACGAAUGCAUCGCACGUCUGCCUGGCUCAGCGGUGCUGGAGGUGUGGGAGGAGCCAUGGGGCCACACUCGCCUCCCACUUGGCUGUAUGUGUGACGCGGGAGUCACACCCUCAACUUUCGUCAGCCACACACGUCUUGUCCAGCUCAAGUUUGCUGUCAAGGAAAUGAACUGGAGUCAGGACUUCAAAGAUUUCUUCUUUGAUGCAGAAUACCAGUUCAUCAAGACGAGAGAGUGUACGGAUGAGCGGAUCCUCAACGGGUCGACAGGGUCGAUUACGAUACGGAGUGAUGAUGGCUUCGCAGACUGUAUUGAAUACCCGUGGAAGAUCGUGGCCCGGGAACACAGCCAUCUGUACCUGAAUAUCCCCGGCUACCACGCCUCCAGCCAGCGCUGCUCCACGGAGAACAGGGUGGUGGUGUACGGCAGUCACACCGCCAGGCCCAUCAAGGCCGUGUGCCCGGAGACCAGCGGCACCGACAGUGUGGACAUAUUCUCAUCUGGCUGGAAUUCGGCGCUAGACCUAACGGAGCCCCGCCCUGACAGCCUCAUCAUCCGCUUCUUGUCCAGGGAGCCGGCCAAGUAUAAGCUCACCUGGCUGGAGGUGCGUCGGGAGCCUCGCCCAUCGGCUCUAGAGUCCCUCAAGAGUGCGGGAGGGCGUGGUCACAACACAGGGGCCUCUUGCCCUCACCAGUGCCCUGAGCUGGACGCUUGUAUCAGCCCUGAGUUGUGGUGUGACGGGGUGAAGCACUGCCCGUCCGGCGCUGACGAGCUACGUACCACUUGCCUCUACUUCACCGUCCCUUGGCUCUACCUGAUCCUCGGGGCUGUGGCUCUUCUCGUCUGCUUGCUGGUCUUCGCCUCCGCCCUCGUCGCCGUCAGGAUCUACCAGCGAGGCAAAGUUAAGAGGAAGAAGAAGAAGGAGGCCCAGAGAUUGAUGACUCGGGAAGUCAUUCUUCCACUGAACUUCCACAAGGAAAACAUUUACUGAGGUUGUCGGGAAGAGUCAGUGACACAAACAGGAUAUUACCUCCUCAACUCCCAGACUCCUCUUCCUCCCCUUCCUCCAUUUACUACAACUGGCCGUCUUGUCAUGGCUAAUUUUUAUAUCCAGUUUUGUAUAACUUGUUUCCACGAGGGUUCUAGGAUGGUUCUUACACUUUGUAAAUACUUAUAUAUAUUUUUGGUUUUGUUUACAAAUAACCCGUAGUGAGUGUGAGAGAGAGAGCGAGUGAGAGAGAAUUUCUAGGUAGUUGAACACUUUGUACACCCACGAUCAUAACCCACCCCCUAGACGUUUGUGAGAGUAGUGGUGAUAUUUCUACAUACUACCAGUCGCCAUGCCUUACACACUUGGGGAGGAUGCGAUUCCCUGCCUCUCCGUAUAUUUCGGAUCAAAUUCAUAGCCGCACAGGAUCCGACAGGACCUCUCCCAUAUCACAGCCUGGGGUCUUUACGGUUGGGAUGGUCGCCUGGUACUCCCACAUAUCUUAAUUUUCAAUGAUUCAUAAGAUAAAAAAAAAUCCUUUUAUUGGAAGAAUGGGAAGAGUUUCACAGCUUUUUUGACGUAAAUCUGGUUUCUAUCUUUGUGUCGUAGGUUAAGUGAACCAGCUAAAUAUGUCCUCGCGCCUCCAGUUACUGUAAGACUCUGGUGUAUGAGCCUUUGGGGUGAGUCUCGUGAACUUGUACCAUUGUAACCUAUGAAAGUGGUGUUACUGAUCCCCCGUGUGAAGUAGCUAACCUUAUAUACUGAUAUUUUAGCUCUCUAAUUAAUACCCCCCCCCUCCCCGUGUCAACACCUGGCGUCUCACACGUAGAGAACCGCAUCGUGAGUUAAUUUUAUUAUACCAAACCUAAUCAAACAUAACUUGGACCAAAACUAACGUAAAAUUACCUCACCUACCAAAGCCUAACCUAAGCUUAAGAAUCCUUACCUAAUCUAACUAAACCUUAUCUAAAUUAACCAAAUCCAAUAAGCUCUUAACUUAGCUUAAUCUAACUUCAACAUCCCUUAACCUAUCCUAACUUAACCUCACCAAACCCCCGAGUAUUGUGAGAGAAUAUGACACAAGAUUUCCACCGUAACUGUAAACGCGAGGAAACUACUGACUGACUCACCUGACCUACAACUUAAAUGCCGAAGACCAAGACCAAGAUGGCGUCGACAUUAUGCUGUUAAGAACAUGACGAGUUGUUAAGGGAGCAGGUGUGCCAAACUCUGGGUGUUAACAAUACCCGGAUCCGGAAUCAGACCAGGAACCUAACCUAACUUAACCUAAUCUACCUUAUCUGUAGCCCUAAUCUAACCUAAUCGAAGCCCUAAUGUGACCUAACCUAACCUAUGAUGAUCUACCCCAAACUCUGACCUCACCUAACAACCCGCUACUCUCAUCUGUAGUUCCGGCUCCGGGGCGGACGUUAGGUCAGGGCGCUGGACCUGGUUCUAGUAGCGGGGUGGACCUGUGAUACGUCACCACCGUCACUGUCAGAGAAUCACUUGUUGUAUUAAGACCUGGGAAGACUUUUGAUUGUUGGUUUGUGAAUUAUAUAUAUAUAUAUAUAUAUAUAUAUAUAUAUAUAUAUAUAUAUAUAUAUAUAUAUAUAUAUAUAUAUAUAUAUAUAUAUAUAUAUAUAUAUAUAUAUAUAUAUAUAUAUAUAUAUAUUACACAAAAGGUGAUGUGCACAAAGCAUCAGGACAAAGUGUUCCCUGUAGGCUAGUUUGUGGCUUUACUGAACAAGAGAAUAAAAAAGUCGAUAAAAUUCUAACCAUAAUUGUGAUAAGAAAAAAUAUGUUUAAACACUGUAAAAAAAAGCGUAUUUAACACAUAUCGAAAGAUGUUUUUAAUGUUUGGGUGUAGUGUGGUGUUUACAGUAUGGAACUCUGCCAAGGUAGAUUUAUACAUUGUGUGGAAUGAAUAAAAAAAAUAAAAAACUCUAUCUCUUAAGAUGAAGCGCCAUUGAAAGAUAUUCGCCUAGAUCUGCUGUUAAUUAUCUAUUGCUAUAUUCUAUAGAGUCUAUGUGACGCUCCCAUGAGAGGCCCACAGCUGCAUGAAGUAUGUUCACUGGUGUAUCCUGGUGACCUCGGCCCCACAGGAACUCCUAAACUAAUAUACAGGUGAACUGUUCUACCUGACACAAAACAAGAAUAUAUUAACAAACAAAAUAUAUGUAUAAAAUAAUCAAUAGUUGAGAAGAUACGGUGAGACAAAUUCUUACUUGAGAGAAAGAGAAAAAUCCUUUACAAAUUUAUUAAUCUCUUAAGAACCUUUUAUUAAUGAGGAUAUUUACCUUUAAUCAAAUUCUUAAGUAAAAAUAUAUAUAUAAAUAAAGUAAAACGCAUUAAUAUAAUUUGUAAUGAAGUUGAAGCAUCAUUAAUUCAAUGUCUCAAUAAGCCAGGUUCAAUAACUCGUACUAUUUACAUCACAAAGUUCGCCGAGUCUCUAAAACAACUUUUGUAAUAUUUCCAGAAACAGUAAAUGGUUUAUAAGUCUUAAUAAGCUGCACUAAGGAGAGCCAAUACACAAUGUUUCCAGUAAUUAUUUCGUUUCGUUAAUAUUAGUAGAAAUUAAGUCAUAUUAUGGCCUCAGAUACUCUUUCACAGAUUAAUAGUUUAUAUUUAAUGAUAUUUUAUAUUCAGUGAUGUUUGAGGGAUCAAAUCUCAUUCCAAGUCUUCAUAAUAGUAUUGCAUCUCUUAUGGCGGACGUUUCCCAAGAAUGUUUUGAUAUUAUGGAGAUAUUUAAAUAAUUUUUUCUACUUUCAACCUAAUUAUGAUAUACAAUAUUAUGGUUUAACCCUUUCACUGCGGGAGGUUACCCUAAGCUGAAUAAAAUGGCAAGUGCGUGACACGUGGUGAAAGGGUUAAUCGAGCUAGGUUUUAAUGUGAACACUAACGAAAAUUUUUCAAUAUCUUAGAGUUUAAAUGAUAACUUAAUAAAGAGUAUUGUUUACAGAAGGUAGAAUAAAAGUCAACUGUGCCCGGAUGAACCUCAAUGUAUCUUCUAGUCACUUCUAAGAAUGUUAAUGACUCUUUAUAACAUUAUCACAAGUUCUAUCAAAAGUUUGUAAAUAUCUAAUUAAUUUGGAUAAACACAAAAGAAAAAGCUUCUCGUCUACAAGGAUAGACUCAAGUAUUACCUGAUAUUAGUUUACAUCAUGUCCUGGCUCGCCUGAUGGUCUUGACUUGGCAAUAUCUUUCCUUGGAGACCCGCGUGUCCUGAAAGGGAAAUUCGAGAAGAUAUUUAUAAAAAAAAAAAAUAUGUAGCGACCCCCUACACGUGUUCUAAAUGUUACUGUAUUUUUGUACCGUAAUUUUGUAGAAUGAGUAUUUUUGCAAUAAAAGAUGAUGACAAAAAAGA